UCUGUUUGCGAUGCACCACGUAUAGAAAAGUAUCAGACACGUGCCCUGUUUUCAUAAAUCGUCCAAAUAUGGAACAUAAUAUAUGAUCAGAUAAUCAUUAUACAAGUGUUGAGAAAAAAAUAUUAUGGCUGAAAACAGGGAAAUGAUGGCGGUGAAUCCGACCCGAAAGACGAAGAUUUGGGCAACAAUAGCUGGAAUUGCAAUUGAAGCCCCAAUUUUGGGGUUAAUGGGUUUUAGUUUACUUAGUUCAAUUAUACUUUUGGUAGUAACUUCUCCGUUGCUAGUUAUAUUUAGUCCUCUGUUAAUUGGUGCUGCUGCGGUGUUUGGAGUUGCUAUGGCGGGAUUUGGGGUGGCCGGAGUUACGGCAGGUUUAGGAUUGUCGUCGUUUGUUUUGGGGUAUAGGUCGGUAAUUAAAGGUAGAAUUACGGGCGGAGAGUAUGGCGGCGGUGCUGAUGAUGCGCCGGUUAUUGUGGAUAAAAUGAUUCAACCAGCGGAGACGGAGGAGGAGGAGCAUGACACUGAAGUGGCAGGUACUGAGGAUAGAACAGAGGCUAUUAAGCAGCAGCAGCAGCCGCAACAGGGCAGCACUAGUUCAGAGCCAGUUCAUGUAGAUAGAAUAGUUGAGUUAUUUGAGUCUUUAAAGGAACAUCCACAUGAUCAAAAUGAAACAGCUACUAUUGUCCACGUAGUUACUGUAGAGGUUGAUGAUGAUGAUGAUGAGUUGGAGGAGAAUCAACACAACAAAGAUAUGGCCACUUCUGGUGACUAUUUGCAGCAAAAUGUGCCAAGACAGAUCCCACAAGAGACUUAAUUAAGAACAUAUAUGUAUGUAUGUUCAGAAGUGGCUAGUUUAUAAACUUUGUUUUUUACUGAGUUGCAGCUUAUGAUAGAUGUUCUUUUGUCUUUCAUUUCUUAGUUGUUUUAGCACUGUACAUUUACUUUUUGGUGAAUGUGUUAGUCAUUUUACUUCCUACUUCUUUAGGUUUCUACUGUAUGUACAUAUUUGGUGCUGUUUUUUAAACAUGUUUUUAGUGCAAGGAUUUUGUUUGGUC